GAAGAGUUGGGGUCAGCUGAGCCUGUAUUGGGACCGCGGGGGGGCGACGCGGCAUCUUCCCGCGUGGCCGGCCUGGGGACGCGGCUGAGGUGGCGCUACCAACCCGCAGCGAGCGCGGAGAGUUGCCGCCAUGCACGACGCCUUCGAGCCGGUGCCGAUCCUGGAGAAGCUACCGCUGCAGAUAGACUGUCUGGCGGCCUGGGAGGAAUGGCUGCUCGUUGGCACCAAACAAGGGCAUCUUCUCCUUUACAGGAUCAGGAAGGAUAUAGGAGAGGUUACGUCAUCAGAAAGUGGCUGUUGCAACAGAUUUGAAGUGACACUAGAGAAAUCCAACAAGAACUUCUCAAAAAAGAUUCAGCAGAUUCAUGUUGUUUCCCAGUUUAAAAUUCUGGUCAGUUUGUUAGAAAAUAACAUCUAUGUCCAUGACCUGUUGACAUUUCAACAAAUCACCACAGUCUCGAAGGCAAAAGGUGCAUCUCUGUUCACCUGUGACUUACAGCACUCUGAUACAGGGGAGGAGGUGCUGAGGAUGUGCGUGGCAGUGCGGAAGAAGCUACAGCUGUAUUUCUGGAAGGACAGGGAGUUCUAUGAGCUACAGGGGGACUUCAGUGUGCCCGAUGUGCCCAAGUCUAUGGCAUGGUGUGAAAAUUCUAUCUGUGUAGGUUUCAAAAGAGACUAUUAUCUGAUAAGGGUGGAUGGAAAAGGGUCCAUCAAAGAACUGUUCCCCACAGGGAAGCAGCUUGAACCAUUGGUGGCUCCCUUAGCAGAUGGAAAAGUUGCAGUUGGUCAAGAUGAUCUAACGGUAGUACUUAACGAAGAAGGGAUUUGUACUCAGAAAGGUGCCUUGAAUUGGACAGACAUUCCCAUAGCUAUGGAACAUCAGCCUCCAUACAUCAUUGCAGUGCUACCAAGGUAUGUGGAGAUUCGCACUUUUGAACCUCGGCUGCUGGUGCAGAGUAUUGAGCUGCAGAGACCACGCUUCAUCACCUCCGGAGGUUGUAGUACGAAUAUUGUGUAUGUGGCCAGCAAUCAUUUUGUUUGGCGUCUCCUUCCAGUCUCCAUAGCAACCCAGAUCCAGCAGCUUCUCCAAGACAAGCAGUUUGAAUUGGCUCUGCAGUUGGCGGAAAUGAAAGAUGAUUCAGACAGUGAAAAGCAACAACAGAUUCAUCACAUUAAGAACCUUUAUGCCUUUAACCUCUUCUGCCAGAAGCGCUUCGAUGAAUCCAUGCAGGUUUUUGCCAAGCUCGGUACAGAUCCCACUCACGUGAUGGGUCUGUAUCCUGACUUGCUGCCCACUGAUUACAGGAAACAGCUGCAGUAUCCUAAUCCUCUGCCUGUGCUCUCUGGGGCUGAGCUGGAGAAAGCACACUUAGCACUCAUAGACUAUCUAACUCAGAAAAGAAGUCAGCUGGUAAAGAAGUUAAAUGACUCAGACCACCAGUCCAGCACCUCACCCCUCAUGGAAGGAACACCCACCAUCAAAUCCAAAAAGAAGUUGCUCCAAAUCAUUGACACCACCCUGCUCAAAUGUUACCUACAUACAAAUGUAGCUCUGGUAGCACCGUUGCUACGUUUGGAGAACAAUCACUGCCACAUAGAAGAGAGUGAGCAUGUACUGAAGAAGGCACACAAAUACAGUGAGCUGAUAAUACUAUAUGAGAAGAAAGGGCUGCAUGAAAAAGCUCUGCAGGUGCUAGUGGAUCAAUCAAAGAAAGCCAACUCACCUUUGAAGGGCCAUGAAAGGACAGUGCAGUAUCUACAGCAUUUGGGCACAGAAAACUUGCACUUGGUGUUCCUUUAUUCCACGUGGGUGCUGAGAGACUUUCCUGAUGAUGGUUUGAAGAUAUUUACAGAAGACCUUCCUGAAGUGGAAUCCUUGCCUCGAGACAAAGUACUCAACUUUUUGAUAGAAAACUUUAAAAGCCUGGCUAUCCCUUACCUGGAACACAUCAUCCAUGUUUGGGAGGAGACGGGCUCAGAAUUCCACAAUUGUUUGAUCCAGCUGUACUGUGAGAAGGUGCAGGGAUUAAUGAAGGAAUAUCUCAGCUCCUUCCCUGCAGAUAAAAUUCCAGUGCCUGCUGGAGAGGAGGAAGGAGACCUGGGGGAGUAUCGGAGAAAGCUACUUUGUUUUCUUGAGAUUUCUAGCUGCUAUGAACCUAGUCGUCUCAUCAGUGAUUUCCCCUUUGAUGGCCUCUUAGAAGAACGUGCCCUGCUGUUGGGUCGUAUGGGGAAGCAUGAACAAGCCCUCAUUAUCUAUGUCCACAUUCUGAAGGAUACCAAAAUGGCUGAACUGUACUGCCAUAAACACUAUGACAGAAGCAAAGAUGGCAACAAAGAUGUGUAUCUGUCUCUGCUCCGGAUGUAUCUAUCGCCACCUAGUGUUCAUUGCUUGGGGCCAAUCAAGAUGGAACUGUUGGAGCCUCAAGCCAAUCUCCAGGCUGCCCUGCAGGUUUUAGAAUUGCACCACAGCAAAUUAGAUACUACCAAGGCUAUAAACCUGCUCCCAGCAAAUACUCAAAUUAGUGAGAUUCGAAUCUUCCUAGAAAAAGUCCUUGAAGAAAAUGCCCAGAAGAAACGAUUCAACCAAGUACUCAAAAAUCUUCUCCAUGCAGAAUUCCUGAGGGUUCAGGAGGAGAGGAUUUUGCAUCAGCAGGUGAAGUGUAUCAUCACAGAGGAAAAAGUGUGCACUGUGUGUAAAAAGAAGAUAGGAAAUAGUGCAUUUGCCCGAUACCCUAAUGCAGUAGUUGUGCACUACUUCUGCUCCAAAGAAGUCAGUACGGCAGACACCUGAAACAUGUUGCCAUACAUUAGAUGGACUGCAUUAGCCACAACACCCGCAUGAAAUACCAAUGUGAAGACUUGUUUAGGAAAAGUUGAUGCUCUGGAGUUUUGAGGCAUGUUGCUAGGAACAGCUUACAAAUAGCUUGUACCCAGCAUGUCUCUGGAAUGACUCUACCUAUAAUUUGGCAGUACUGACUUAUUCGAAAAUUGACGUUUUUAGCUGUUAAAUUGCUGGCAGCUAUAUAUACCUCUUAACAUACCAAGAUGAGGAAGAAUGGAAAUUGAUCAGCAAUGAGCUUGUAUUGCACUCCAAACCUUGCAGGCUAGUUUCCGAACACCUCUAUGGUGUUUACCAAUGACGGCAUGUUUUAAAGUAAAAAUUUUUCUAUUCAGGUAAAAACUUCUUGAUCUGACCUUGUUUGUGGCUCACUCUAAUAGUCCUCAAAAGGCCAAAUCCUUGAAAAGUCACUGCAAUUGUUUUAACGUUGUAUUGAAAUCUACUUUUAUCCACCAAGUUGAGGGGGAGAGAGGGAGCAGGCAAGAGGAUGAGAGGCUGUCGUGCCUGGUACUUGAACAAUUCUGUCUGACUUCACCUUUCUCCCAAUGUUGGGAAUAACUAGAUGUUGAACAAAGGAAUUUUUCAUCUUUGAUGCCUAGAGUGCUUAUCAACUCACCUUGUGAUACACAGAAGUUCCACAGGGGUUAGUCACACACUAUAGGCUUCACUGGUAAGCAUUUAUUUUUCCCUUUUUGACUUUAGUUUGUUAGAGGUAUGUAAAUAUGAAUUAGCUCUCACACUGUUUGCACUGUGUACAGUCACUUCCAACAUGAGUGGACGCUUUUGAGAAGCAGCAACAACUGUCUGAAGAAGGGAAGCUCUCACUUGCACUUGUACCAAAAAGAACACUCCCUAAAAGUAACACUUUUGACAGGGACUGAAAUCCAUCUCUUGCUUGAGCUUCUAGAGCGCAUUUGAGGUCCCUGUGUAUGUAAAUAGCUCUUCAGUCUCUAGUUCUCUCCCCAGCAUUAAAGUAAAAUAUAGACUGCAUUUCGAUGUCUCUGAGGGCUUUAGGUCAACUCCCUUCUGCCCAGGCUGGUAUUGGUUUGUUUUUUUUAAAUUUUUUACUGUGCCCGAGGAUUCUAAAUACACAAAACUGGAUGCAGUAUACUUCUUCAUAGUCUGUAAUACUUUUGUCUUAUUUUUCCAUGAACUUUAAUUUGUAGCAGAGUUGAUAUAAGAGUACUUGCAUGUUCACUUACUCUACAAAGAAUCUGAGCAGCAGUGAACAAAGGCAGCAGUAGCACAUGGUUCAGUGUAAUUGAAUGUGGGUAAUAACAUUUCAGUUUAGCCAUACUUCUGUAAUUAAGUAUUAAAUGAUAUGGAACAUGGCACACAAUUAUUAUACUCCUUUUCUUUUAAAAUCUAUCAUACUCCCCAAACAAAGAGUUGAGAAAAUAAAAUUUUAAAAACAAAAAUCCAUCUGCCCAGAAUGUCAUUGAAUUUCACUGUUUACAUGUUUAUUUAAGUCCUUUUUUUAAACACUUUUAGCAACAGGUCUUUUGUUAGGAUAUAAAUGAUCCUACCUCACCUUCGAACUCUGCAAAUACCAUACCGUGGUUAUAUAGCCUACUCCUUCUGCCAUCCGUUUUUUUGUUUCAAGGCUAUGGUUGCCAAAAACCUUUGAUGUCUUGGGUAAUACUGUUGGCGGUGCCUUUCUGUAGAGGUUAGGGGAGUUCCUGUGCUGAGAUGGAGUUACUUUUUAAACUUUCUAUUUGAACAAGAGAACCUACUACGUGCUUGUAUUCAAUUUGCACAUAUUCUGUAUAGUGUUUUAUAUACUAGUUCAGGUACAACAGGAAGAUAUUUUGGGAGUUGACAGUGAAAGAAGGGUAUCUAUCAAGACCCUACAGUUUUUGUGUACAAAAGUCAAGACCUUUCUGAUAUUGGUAAAGAGGAUAGGUAAUUCAGACUAUCUGCUGCCAGUAAAUCUGCACUCUCUCUCACAGUUGGAGUCAGUAGUGUACUCUUGUUUCAUGGUGAUGCUAUUGUGCCUCUGUUCAGCUUUUUUGCAUUCAUUUGCAGAGGUGUGGUGUGUGCUGCAAUUCUGCUGUCUGUUCUCAUCCCAUGGUUUAGAUUUACUAACCAUAUGGAAGUUUUGUUUAAAGCAAUAUAUUGUAAUAAAUAUUCUGAACCAGUCUGUUCUUCAUUUUAUUGUGUGGAUGAUAGUAACUAGCUGAGCUGCUCUGGAUUUACAUUUUAUUUCUUUCCUUUGAGUUCAGAUUUAGAUAGCUGAAAUCAUGAAUUAUAUGAUUUUUAAAACCCUAUGACUGUGAAAUUGACCAAAAUGGACCGUGAAUUUGGUAGAACCCUAUUUGUUGCCAGUACUGUGGUAUUUAAGGAUAUAGAGGAAUCAGAAUGGUGAAUUUUCAGACCAGUGCAGGGAUUUCAGUAUAGGUAGUGUGAGGAUAGUCUAAACUCCAAGUUCUGAUGAGUAGCCAGAAAAAUGUUUCUGGAAACUCCUUCCUCUCCACCAUUGAAUCAAAUUUCUGUUCACAAUAGAAUAUUUCAAAUCUUAGAGUAAAAUGUAAUCACCACCAAAGAUGAUGAAAAAUUGGUUGUCAGUAGAUUAAUUGCAAUCAGUAUCCACAGUUCCUGUGUAAAAUAUAAAAGGGCAGAAUAGAUUUUGUUAUAAAUAUGUAUUAUCUAAAAUAAGAGAGGAGCAAGAAAUAAUCCAUCUCUUUUUGUAGUUUAUUCACUUCUGUAGGAAUACUUAGUAUCAUUAAGAGUUACAGGAUAGGGUCCUGUUAAUUUAAAGAUAAUGAUAUUUUGGCUCUUAGACAUUUUGUUUCAAGUUUCAAUGAAAUGGGAAACUCCACUAUCUAUGGAAGUUGCAUAAAUUUCAAACCUCCUAUACAGAUUCAGUGGCUUUGCUUGCUGUUCAAGGAGCCUAUUGCUGAAAGCAGGUGUCAGUUACAAGAUUCUGUAGGGCAGGGAUAGUCCGUAAGCGGACUAUGGGCCAAAUUGGGACCACCAGAUGCUUUUGUAUGGACUAUGAAAUCUUUUUAUUUACUUAAUA